AUGUUAUUACAGAAUUUUUUAAGAAAACCUUGUCAAACAACAGCCAUGAGAAAAAACUCAAUCUCAGAAAAUGCUAGAUUAUUAUCAGAAUUAGAAGAAAUUUCCUGCAUGUCAAAUCAAGGAAAUAUUACAAUAGAAAACAAUGCUAAUUUAUCUAAUGAUACAAUUAAGCUCAAAACAGAAAUUAAAUCAUUUAUGGAUGAUACUCGUAAUGAACUUCAAUUUUAUCUUGAAGACAAUAAUAUUAAGAAUGACACAAAAAAAUGUCAAAAGGCAUCCUCAUACAUAAAUUGGAGAGGAAUGGACUAUGUUAAUUUGCUAUUAAGUGAAAAAGAAGAUUAUAAUAUCUCCUGUCUUGUUGAAAAAUGGAAUGAGAAAAAAAAAACUUUUGAAAAAAGUAUAGAUGAAAAAAUGAGUUCAACGUGUAAUGCAACAGCGUUUGAUUAUUGUGCUAUUUUGAAUAAAAAUAAAAACUGCACUAGACCUUAUGAAUAUAAUGAUCUAUCAUUAGGCACGUUAUUAACAUACGAUCAACUCAAUAAUGCUAUUUAUAGUACUAAUAAAACUCAAAUUAUUGAAGAUAGACGGUUAAGUUUUCUCAAUAUUACUAAUGAUAUGUCUGAUUACCAUUUCAGGGUUUACGAGAAAGAUAGAUCUGAACGUAAUUGCGGGAAAUGGAGCAUGUAUAUAUAUAAGAGAGGAAAACAAUUUGUUAAUAUGGCGGAAAAUGAAUUAUAUGAUGAUCAUUUAUAUAUAAAUGAUUCUAUUAGAAUAUGGAAUGUUCAUAGUAAUACAUUGCAAAAUACUGAGUUAGAAGACACUGGUAUUCAAUGUAAUAUGACAACAUUAAUUCAUCAAAUUAAACAGAGACAAAAUACAGAUGACCCAUAUAAUUUAGAUUGGCUUCCUUCAAAUAGCACUCAAAAUAAAUCUAAUGAAACUUCAAAUAAUACAACUACAUUACCAGAUGUCUUACAACCUACAACUGUAACUCCUAAAGAAUUACUUAAUGCUGCUACUACAAAUUUAUCAGAUAAUAAUACGAGUAUUGUUAAUAACAUAAAUGGUGUGAAUUCCUCUGAAAAUAUAUUCAUAAGCGUCACCGCAGAACCAUCAAUGACUACAGAUCAAACUUCCCCAGAAACUGCAACCACAAUUUCUCCAGAAGACUCAACACAAUCCAAUUCAUCAACUCCAAAUGAUACAAUACAUCCUAAUACUAAUACUAUAUCUGACACAACCUCAUCAUCACAUUCCCCUGAGAUUGUAACAUCUCCUGCAACUAAAACAUUACCUUCAAAUUCUACUACAAGUAGUGGCACACCUUCAGUUACACCUUCACCUGGAGAAAUAUCUGCAACAGCGACCAAUGAAUAUUCUUUUAAUACUAUGAAGUCAUUUACAAAUAAUAUUACACCUUCUGCUACUAUCACUUCGCCUCCUACAUCCGCAUCUUUAUCUUUCUCUGAGACUGUAAUAUCUCCUAUAUCUAAACCCUCACCUUCAGACUCUCCUACAAGUAGUAAUAAAUCUGUAGAUACAUCUGCCCAUGAGCAUAUGUCUCCUACAAAUAUAGCUAUACCUUCUACUAGUAACAGUGUAUCUCCUGCAACUAAACCUUUAUGUUCACAUUCUCCAACAAGUAGUAGCGCAUCUACAGUUACAGGUUUUCCUGUUAACGAUUCUUCUACAAAUAUAACUGCAUCUUGUACUACUACGGUUGAGUCAUUGGAAAAUAAUAUUACACCUUCUACAACACCCACUAAUUCUCCUGCAACUUCUUUAUCUUCUCAAACUGUAACUUCUGUAAAUAAAAAUAUAUCUACAAAUGGCAAUACAUCUGUUACAAAUGACACUGCAUCUCCUAAAAAUAAUCCUUUACCUUCUCCUGAGUUUGCACCUUCUCUUACAACUAUGACUACCACUCCUACAGAUAGCUCUACACCUCCACUACAUUCAUCUAUUCCUAAAAUCACAACGUUGCCAUCUACAAAUAAUUCUAUAUCUCCUGCAAAAGAUACGUCUAUUCUUCCUACUAAUGAUGUUACUCAUAAAACUGAAACUUCACCUUUAUCAGAUAAUUCUACACAUUUUUCAACAAAUACCAACGAACCUUCUACAAACAGAAUUGCAUCUCCUGCAACUAACACUACAUCUCCUACUUCUGAUAUUAUAUCUCCAACUGCACUAUCGAAUUCUCUAGAUAAAACACCUAUUCUCACAACUCCAACUGCUUUUUUUCCUACAACAAAUAACAAUUUACCUUCAAAUCAAACAGAUAUUAUCCAACUGCAGAACCAACAAAUUAUACAUGCCCCUCUUAAACAGGUUCAACAUGUAAAUGGAAGAAAUUGUACUGAAAACACUUCAUCAUGUCCAAGUGCGGCUGUUCCAAAUACUUUGACGCCAACCCCAUCAAAUAUUCCUACCAAUGUUAUGCCUACAGUUAAACCUACAGAUAAUUUAUUAAUAAUGGUUCCAGGAGGUAUUUUUCUUUUAGGAAUUAUUUUUCUCUUGGUUCUUCUUUGGAAAUGUACUCCUAUUGGAUCUUGGAUUCGUAAUAGGAAGUCAAAAAAAAAAAAAGCAAGAAAAAAGAUUAAGAAAAUAACAAAGGAACCGUUGCUAAUGGACACAAAUUAUAUAAAGAAAGAACCAAUAAAUAAUAAAAAAUAUUCAUUCCUACACCAUGAAAAAGAAAUACCACUAUGUGAUAUGAGUUUGGAAAAUGAAAAAGAUUUGAAGUAUAAACAAAUGAAGAAAUCUAGAGCACAUAAAGGAAAGUAUAUGGAAAAUGAAAAAGGUUUGCAGUAUAAACAAACGAAGAAAUCCAAAUCACAUAAAGGAAUGUAUAUGGAAAAUGAAAAAGAUUUGAAGUAUGAACAAAUGAAAAAACCCAAAGCGCAUAAAGGAACGUAUAUAGAAAAUGAAAAAGAUUUGAAUUAUGAAAAAAUGAAGAAAUCCAAAGCACAUGAAGGAGUGUAUAUGGAAAAUGAAAAAUAUUUGAAGUACGAUCAAAUGAAGAAAUCCAAAGCACAUGAAGGAAUAUAUAUGGAAAAUGAAAAUAAAUGCAUUCGUGAAGUUGUAGAAAUAUCAAAGAAGCACGAAAAUGAAUCUAUAUUGGGAGAAAAAUUAUAUGAAGAUGAUCCUAGAGAUGAUAUUGAAGAAAUUGAAUUGAAUGUAAAUAAAUCUAGAAAUAAAAUCAAAGAAGAAAAAUUGAAUAAAAAUAUAUUAAAAAAAAAUACAGCUCAUAAUGUAGAGUACAUUAUGGUAGAUACGUUAAAUGAAGAAGAGACAAAUGAUAUGAAUGUAAUAAAAGAAAAAUAUGAAUGUAAAAAUGAAAUGAAAAAUUUAGAAAACAAAAGAUCAAUUAAUGAUGAAGUAUGUAGUUGGAAUACAUGGAUAAAUAUACAUUUGAUAGCAUUACUUGAAAAUAAAAAAGAGGAAUGGAAAUUGAAUAAAACUGAAUUUUUUAAAAUUUUCUCAGAAGAGUUCGAAAAAGAUAGAGAAAAUUUUAAUUUAAAAGAAAUGAGAAAUAAUUCUGUAAUAAAAAUAAAAGGAGAAAAUAGUGCCGUUACAAUGGAAAAAAAUAGUAGUAUAUUAGAGAAAUAUAAAAACGAAAUGUGGUUUAUUAAUUUGAAGAAUGAAUGGAAACAAGAACAAGAAAAACACUUACAAUAUUUAGAAGAACAUGAAAUUAAAAAAAUGUCAGAAUUGGGAUUAAAUAAUUUUAUUCUAGGUAAAAAAAAAAAAAUAUGGAAGAAAUGGAUAGAAUGGCAAAUAGAGCAUUCAUACGAAUACAAAAAUCAGAAAUGGUUUGUACAAUUGCUAGAAGAAUAUGAAAAAAAAGAAAUACAUGAAAAUUUAAAGGAAGAAAAAAUUAAGAAAGAAAGAAAUAAUGGAAUAGAUAAAAAUGAAAUGAAGAAAAAUUUGGAGAGGAGAAUUUUGUUAGAUAUUCAUAUGAUGGUAUUAGAAGAAUGUAUGAAAGAAGAGUGGGAAAAAGAAGAAGAAUUUUUUAAAGCAAAUAUGGAAGAGUUAAAAAAAUAUAAAAAUUUGGACGAAGAAACAAACAUAUUAGAUAAAAUAGAAAGAGAAAGAAGUUGGAAUGUUAUAUCAGAGAAAAAAAAAGAAGAAAUAGAAAAAUGGAAAAAAGAAAAAUGGUUUAUUGAGUUAAUGUUAGAAUGGAAAAAUAAUGAAGAAAAAUAUAUGAUGGAAACAUAUGAAGAAAUUUUAGUAAAAAAGAAUAAAAAAAGAAUAAUAGAUGUUAUCUUAGAAAGAAAAAGCAAUAUAUGGAAAAAACAAUGUGAAAAUAUUUGUAGAAAGUGGAAAGAAGAUGAUAACAAUGAAGAAUGGUUUACAAAGUUAGUUAAUGUAUAUGAAAAUGAAGAGAAAGAAUAUAAAAGUAGAAUUUCUAAAAAUAGUAUAGAAAAAAAAAAAGAAAAUAAAAAAACCAUAGAAAGAGGUGAAUCAAUAAUAGAGAUUAAUAAAAAAGAGGAAGGAAAAAUGAGAAAAUAUGAAAGGAAAAGUUUACAGGAAUCAUACGAAAAGAAUAAUUCUAUAAUAAACAAAAAAAAAUUAAAAUGGAAGACUUUAAUAGAAAUAUAUAUGGUAAUAUUGGAGGAAUGUAGAAAAGAGGAGUGGUUAUUGAAUAGAGGAAAAUUUUUAGAAACCUGUUUAGAAGAAUUUAUAGAAGAAGAUAAAGAAAAAUAUCCAAAAAUAAUAGAAAAUGAUUUAGCAAUGAUAAAAGAAAGGGAAGAAGACGUUGGUACAUUGAUGAUUGAAAAACAAAAACUUUUAUGGAAAAAAUGGGUAAAAAGAAACAAAAGAAUGUCAGAGAAAUGGAAAAAAGAAGAAUGGUUUAUUAACUUGAAAAAAGAAUGGGGAAAAGAACAAGAAAAAUUUGAUGAAUUAACAAAAGAAUCUGAAAUCGUAGAAAUAGAAGCAGAAAAAAAUCCUAUGCUAGAGAAACAAAAAAGAAUAUGGAAACAAUGGCUAAAAAAACAAAGAAUGUGGUUUAUACUACAUAGCGAGUAUGAAUGGUUUAACAAUUUAUUAGACGAAUACGAAAAAGAAGAAGAACAUAAGGAAGGAAUAACUAAAAAAGAUGAGAAAGAAGCGAUGGAAAUUCAUGAAAAUAUAGAGGAAUUGAAACAAGAAAUAGAUGAAGAAAUAGAGAAAUAUAAAAAAAAAGAAAAAUUGAUACAAAAAGUUUUGAUAGAAAUACAUAUGACACUAUUAGAAGAGUGUAAGAAAGACGAAUGGCAAAAAGAAAAAGAAUAUUUUUUUAGAACAAUGAUGGAAGAGUUGAAAAUACAAGAAAAUUUAGAUGAAAAUGUUAUCAUAUUGGAUAUAAAAAAAAAAAGAAGUAGGAAUGUUAUAUUAGAUAUUGAAAAAGUGGAAAUAGAAAAAUGGAAAAAGAAAAAAUGGUUUAUAGAGUUAAUGUUGGAAAUGAAUAACAAGGAAAAAAAAUACAUAAAAGACAUAUAUGAAGAUAUGAUAGCAAAAAAGAAUGAGGAUGGAAUUAGAAAUCCCAUGUUAGAAAUGCAAAAAAUUAUAUGGAAGAAACACUGUGAAGAUAUUCAUAAUAGGUGGAUAGAAAAAAAUAAUAAGGAAAUUUUACAACACUAA